AUGGCCUCUCAAUCUCAAACUAUGUCAAUUCCAAAUGACAAUGCACGUCCAGCUCGCCGUCCUCGGCCUCCAAGACCCAAUUACAGACAAAUCCAUCGUUUCCCUCUCCCCAUUAGUGUCCAUCCUCUUCCCCCCCUCAUUCCUCAUAACCCUCUUUCCAUUGUCACUAUUGUUCUCUCGUAUUUGACCUACUUCAUCUCCCCUGCCCAACAAGAUGUCUAUUCUGCCUACUUUGACUCAGCUACUUCCUCGGUUCAUGUCACUGAUGAGAAGACCAUGCGAGCGUUGUGGGAGAUGGGCUUCUUUGGUAAAGGAAGUUUGAGUAGAAGUGAGCCCAGCUGGCUAGAGCGGGAAAAGAAGAGGAGGGGAUUGCUGGGUGGUAAAACAAGUGAAGAGCACACGUCGCAGAGAAGAACCGAGCGGCGUGAGCUGAAGCUCGAGAGAGCUAGGAUGGAGAAGAAGGCUAUCGAGGAGAGACUGAAGGCGGAGGCUGCGGCUCGGGAAUCUGGUGCCACACCAGCCGAUCCAAACUCCGUGCCAGAUGGUGCUACUAACGGCACGGCUACAGAGAAGUUUUCCUUAAAGAAGGCUAGGGAAGCCAGACAGCUGGAGUCCCAACGCUCGGUAGAACAAGAUGCGGAGAAAGACGCACUCGAUGCCUCGCCUGGUAGAAGAAAGUCCAUUGGCAAAACCGUACGAUUUUCCCCUGUUGUUCAGGAGAAGCAGUUCCUCGCCGAUUCGUCCGUGUUACAUCUACCAGAAGUGGUCGUGGACGAACCCAAAGCCGAGGAGGAGCUUUCCUUGAAAAAUGAAGAGCACCUUCAACUAUCAAAUGAAGAAGCCUUUUUCCUCGUGUAUGGGCUCGGUGCCCUGCAAGUCUUUGACCACCAACAAAAUGCCGUAAUUCCUGCUACAUCUCUUCUUUCACUCCUUCGCCGGCAUUCAUACCACCCGCCUCGAGAAACCUCGUCGGGCUUGGAGCCCGAUGAUACGUUCAUUACCUCCUACGUCGUAUACCACCACUUCCGAUCUCUCGGAUGGAUCGUGCGCUCCGGUGUGAAAUUCGGAGUUGACCAUCUUCUUUACAACCGCGGACCGGUGUUUUCUCACGCUGAGUUUGCUACCGUGGUUAUCCCUUCGUACGACCACCCUUACUGGUCUGAAACCGAAGAGAGGCGAGAGCGCGCCGCCAGCAAGCAGGCACGCAGCUGGUGGUGGCUUCACUGCGUCAACCGAGUACAGGCGCAGGUGAAGAAGAGCUUGGUGGUGUGUUAUGUCGAAAUACCACCACCCUCUUCGACAGAGGAAGACAUCGGAGCUCUUCUCUCGCGGUAUCGUGUUCGGGAAAUGGUCAUCAAACGAUGGGUUCCCAAUCGGAGUCGGGACUGA